UGACUCUUGUCCAAAGUGACUCUUGUCCAAAGUGACUCCUUCCUUCUUGCCAAAUUCGCCAUUUCCUCUUUGAAAAAAGUUCCAAAAUCAACCAUGGGCUCAUGCACUAACUGUCUACGAAUAACGUUGAUCGCCUUCAAUACCAUUUUUUUGCUUAGUGGUAUAGCAUUGAUUGGGGCAUCGGCUUACAUCUUCGCUACAUCCGCUGAUAUUACUACCAUUGCAACAGAUGGAGGAAUCUAUGUUACCGGAACUGCCUUGGUUAUGGCUGCAGGAAUUCUAACAUUCAUUGCUAGCAUCUUUGGCUGUAUUGGUGCUAUGAAAAGGAACUCUUGCAUGCUAAUUACUUAUUUCAUUUUCUUGUUAAUAAUCUUUGCCAUGGAAUUGGGAGGUGGCAUCUACGCUGCAACGAAUAGUCCUGCGAUAAUAAAUGCCAUCACGAACAGUUUCCGGUCAGACAUUUCCAGUAAAUACGGCGUUGGAAAUAACGGUCCUUUAACUACUGCUAUUAACCAUAUUCAGCAACAAUUUAAAUGUUGCGGUGCUCAAACAUAUACCGACUAUACUGGCUCUGAAUGGGGUAAACAAAGUAACGCAACAAUUGCCAACCCAGUUCCGGAUUCAUGUUGUAGGACCGUUACACUAAACUGUGGCUUAAACAGGACAGACAAUACCAACAUCUAUACUAAUUCCUGCCGAGUUCAACUUACAAAUGCGGUUGCUGAAAAUAUACGCAUCGUCUUAGGAGUUGGCGUUACCAUUGGGAUCAUUCAGGUUUUCGGUAUGAUUGCAGCUAUAAUGAUGGUUUGCGACAUAAAGAAAGAAGGUGAAGUUGUGUAAUGCAAUAUCUUAGGUGCCAUUAUUCAUACCAAAGCAAGUGCAAUCUACAAGAAAAGUAUAACAAUAUAAAUUAAAAUUCCGUGAUAAGAGUGCCUGUGAUUAUUUAAAGCGGCAUACAAAACGAAAAAGCUUCUAUUAUCUACCACUAGUGAUACAGAUAAUCCUAGGUUGAUUUGCCGCUUGUUAUUAGUAGUUUGAUGUUAACGGUAAUCAUUCUAUAAAUAAAAUGAACUCUGUAUACGACAAGGGCGCUCAAAGCUCGACUAAGAGUUAUAUAUUGGUGUAAGGUAUAGAGAUGUAAACUUUUAUCUGUAACAAUGCAUAUUCCCUAGAAGUUGGUAGUCGAAUUAAGAUAGCUCUAAAUGUAUUUGAACCUGAACCGAACCAGCGCAAGGAACCUAGAGAACCGAGCCGGAUAAACUGACUUUAAUCGGUUUGUAAGCGGUUCGAACCGAACCUCUGACUGGUCUAGCUCUAAUUAUUAAGCUAUCAAAUAAAUAAAAAGCUAAUUUGUGUCUG